AUGACUGCAGCAAAUAUGGAGACCAAAACUCCUACCAGGAAAGCCAAAGACUUUAAAGGCUUCAGUAAGACUGAAAACUCAAGGGAGUUUCAUAUACCUAAAGUAAUAGGAACAGAUUACUCGUACAAACAUACAAUUGUUUGGAAAAAUGCCAUCGGUUUUCUGAUAAUGCAUCUUCUUGCACUUUGGGGUGUUAUCCUUGCCUUUACAGGCUUUUUUCAAUGGCGGACUAUACUAUGGACUAUUAUUAUGGCUUAUACAGCUACGGAAGGAGUCACAAUUGGAGCACACCGUUAUUACACUCAUAAAUCUUUUAAAGCAACUCCAUUUCUAAGGGCUGUAUUACUUAUUGCACAGACCAUGGCUGGACAGAAUUCGAUGUUCAUAUGGUGUCGUGAUCACCGACUGCAUCACCGCUACGCGGAUACUGACGGAGACCCGCACAACUCCAAGCGCGGCUUCUUCUUCUGUCAUAUUGGCUGGCUCAUGCACAAGAAACAUCCCUACGUCAUCGAGCUCGGCAGAAGAAUCGACAUGAGUGAUUUACAGGCCGACUGGAUGGUCAUGUUUCAGAAAAAAUACUAUUAUUACCUCUACUUUAUAUUUGCCUUUUUAUUGCCUGUGGCGGUUCCAGUGUAUUACUUCGGGGAACCCCUAUUUGAAGCGAUAUUACUCUGUUAUUUUUCUCGAUACAUUUUACAACUGAAUGGAACCUGGACUGUUAACAGUUUCGCUCACCUGUAUGGGACAAGGCCUUACGACCAAACUUUGCAGCCUGUCGAAUCGUGGUUUGUAUCGAUGAUAAGUCUAGGGGAAGGAUGGCACAACUACCACCACGCUUUCCCCUGGGACUAUAAAGCCGCCGAACUGACGAUGCAUUUCAACCAGUCGGCGAGUAUCAUACGGUUUUUUGAAAAGAUCGGCUUAGCAUACGAUUUGAAAACUGCAUCACCUGAAGUGGUGGACAACAGAAUCAUAAGAAUAGGUGACGGCAGUCACUACAGGCUGGGUGACGAAGAGACACGCAAGGCGGUGACGGCAUGGGGGCCGCUACACCCGCUCAACCCCACUUACACCACCACGCUUCAGCCGCCGAGCGCCGUGCUCAAACCUGAGGGACUGCCGCUCUUCCAUGAGAAAGACGUUCUUAACCUUAAUGUCACAAAAGAAAACUCUAGACGUGGUUAAACUGUUAGAGUAAUUGAAUCGUAUUGCACAAUUCGUGUUUUCCUUAGUCAAUAGAGUAUUAGAUGAAGUGAUUUUAGAAAACAACUGUUGACUUCGUCUCAGAAGUUUUCUUUAUAUUUUCUUUAUGCUGAAGAAUCAGCUCAGAAGGACAGGAGAUUACAUAUGUCUUUCGGAGCUUAAGUUUAGUUUCUAAGAUUAGA